AUGCAAGCGAGUCAGGGGUGCACCCUCGCCUCUGCGCGCCACCCGGCACCCGUAAAGGCCCAGGUCGGUCACUCCCUGGCCAGUCGCCCGGCCAGGCCCGCACACGCCACCUCGAGGGGCGCUGGCCGGCGCAGCAGCGCCCAGCCCACCCAGGCGACCCUGGCCCGCGAUUCCGGCCUGAGCGAGGCCGCCGCCGUGGUCUCCCCGCCGCGAGAGGCGCUCGGCCCUGUGCCCUACCCCGCCCCCACCCCGCUCAAGGAUUGGGUGGACCGCUUCGGCGACGCUCCGCGCAAGGGCUCGGACAUCCUGGUCCAGGCUCUGGAGCGCGAGGGCGUGGACGUGCUGUUUGCCUACCCUGGCGGCGCCUCCAUGGAGAUCCACCAGGCCCUCACACGCUCCGACUCCAUCCGCAACAUCCUGUGCCGGCAUGAGCAGGGCGAGAUCUUCGCGGCAGAGGGCUAUGCCAAGGUAUCUGGGCGCGUGGGCGUGUGCAUCGCCACCUCUGGCCCCGGCGCCACCAACCUGGUGACCGGCUUGGCGGACGCGCUGCUGGACUCGGUCCCGUUGGUGGCCAUCACGGGCCAGGUCCCGCGCAAGCUGAUCGGCAGCGACGGCUUCCAGGAGACGCCGAUUGUGGAGGUGACGCGUCAGAUCACCAAGCACAACUACCUGGUGAUGGACGUGAACGACAUCCCGCGCGUGGUGAAGGAGGCCUUCUACCUGGCGCGGUCGGGCCGCCCCGGCCCCGUGCUGGUGGACGUGCCCAAGGACCUGCAGCAAACGCUGGCACUGGCGGAGUUUGUGGCCGCCACGGGCAUCCCCGUAGCCCAGACGCUGAUGGGCCUGGGCGCCUUCUCCGAGGAGGACCCCCUGGCCCUGCACAUGCUGGGCAUGCACGGCACGGUGUACGCCAACUAUGCGGUCAACGACGCCGACCUGCUCAUCGCACUGGGCGUGCGUUUUGACGACCGCGUGACGGGGAAGCUGGAGGCCUUUGCUGCGCGCGCGUGCGUCGUGCACAUCGACAUCGACCCAGCCGAGAUCUCCAAGAACAAGGAGGCCCACAUCCCGGUCUGCGCCGACGUCAAGCCCGCGCUGGCGCUGCUCAACCGCAUGCUGCGCGCCGCGCCCGUGGACCGCACGCAGUUCGCGCCCUGGGUGGAGGCGCUGGAGGCCAAGCGCGCGGAGUUCCCGCUGCGCUACCCGACCGACCGCGACGACCUAAUAAUGCCCCAGCGUGCCAUCGAGAUGCUGUACGAGGAGACGGCGGGUGACGCCAUCGUCACCACGGGCGUCGGCCAGCACCAGAUGUGGGCCGCCCAGUUUUACAAGUUCAAGGAGCCCAGGCGAUGGGUCACCUCGGGCGGGCUGGGCUCCAUGGGCUUUGGCCUGCCAUCAGCCCUGGGUGCGGCAGCGGCUUUCGACGGCAAGGACGGCCGACCAAAGAAGGUGGUCGUGGAUAUCGAUGGCGACGGCUCCUUUGUCAUGAACUGCCAGGAGCUGGCGACUGCGGCUGUGGAGGGCCUGGAGACCAAGUGCUUCAUCCUCAACAACCAGCACUUGGGCAUGGUCAUGCAGUGGGAGGACCGCUUCUACAAGGCCAACCGGGCGCACACGUACCUGGGCCGCAAGGAGGCCGAGUAUCACGUCACCAAGGACCUGGGCGACAUCUACCCAGACUUUGUGACCCUGGCCAAGGCCUUCAACAUCCCGGCGCGCCGCGUGAUCGACCCCAAGGAACUGCGCAGUGCCAUCAGGGAAAUGCUGGACACGCCAGGGCCUUUCCUCUUAGACAUUAUCGUGCCCCACAUCCAGCAUGUGCUGCCCAUGAUCCCGGGUGGCGGUUCCUUCAAGGAAAGCAUCACCGAGGGCGACGGCAGCAUCGAGUACUGA